AAGGCGAUGUUACCUCUUUCGUUUUAUAUGUUCAUCGUUUUUCUGAAAGAAGUAUGACCACCAUGUUUCAAAGCGUGUUCCUUGUAACGAUUUUAGCUUUUGUUGGAGUUUGUCGAAGCCAAGACUCCGAUUGUGUGACAGACGGCAAACCUAUUUCUGCUGGACCAAGUGCAAUCGAGGGUGAUUGUGAAAACUACUACGUUUGUUCAAACGGAUACCGCACAGAAGUGGCUUGCCCUGAAGGACUUGCAUUUGAUCCAGUUUUGGGAAUAUGCAAUUACCCCAGAUCCGUAAAGGGAUGCCAAAACGUAGACGGAAUAGAUGCUACGGAUUACUAUUGCUACGACAAGGAAGGAAAUUUUGUUGUAAAGAAGCCAUUUCCUAAACCUGGGACAUGCGAUACUUUCUACGAGUGUUUAAACGCACAACUAACGGAGAGAAAAUGUCCGGGUGGUCUUGUGUUUAAGCCAGACAGUAUGUUGUGCGAUAAUCCAUCUGAUCCACCGGAUUGCAUCCCAAGUUUAACAACAGUUUUCCCUGAUAUAAACGUUAACCCUUCAGCAACAAUUUUGCCACAAAGUACAACUGAACCUGCCACUCCAAUACCAACUGUUCUACCAAGUACAACUGUCGCCUUAUUGCCAACAACAGGAAUAACCUCACCAGUAACGGAAGAUAACUCUGGGUUAAAUACAUCUCAUUCAGCAUCCACCACUGAUCAUGGAUCUACUAUAAAAACCUCGCCAACAACUAUUACAACACAUCCACCCACUGAGACAACAUUUCCACCAACAACAGUUCCAAUAACACAUGACCCACCGUUUGAGACAACAUUUCCACCAACAACAAUUCCAAUAACACAUGACCCACCGUUUGACACAACAACAUCACCACCAAAAACAACCCAUCUCGUUAGUACGACAACACCACAAAAACCAGCUCCAACGUUUGUCGGGUUCGUAGUCGACGACACGGGAUCCAUGUACAAUGAGAUUGUGGCGGUAAAAGAAUGGAUUUCUAACUGUGUGGAUGGUAGUUAUGCAUCUUGCGCGAAUGCACCAACCGGAGGAUGGGUCCUGACAACAUUUAACGAUCCUGCUGACCUCGGAGAACUGGUUGGUCCAACGACAGACGUUAGUAUUAUUAUAUCAGCCAUCGGUGAUCUACAUGCUCAUGGUGGGGGAGAUUGUCCUGAAUACAGCAUGACAGGAAUACAGAAUGCAGCUAAGGUUAUACCAAAAGAAAACGGUGGAUGCAAAAUUUUCUUUUUUACUGACGCUACGGCAAAAGACGGCUCACUACUAGACAGUACACUUCAGCUGUACAAAGAUACCAACUGUGUUUUUAUACCGAUGUUAACCGGUUGCUGUCACGAAUGCGAAGAUCCUUGCAUUUCUCAAGACCCGGAAUAUUGCACAAACUUCGUCACUGACAAUCGUGGAACAACACUGUCGCGCAAGAAACGAAGCUACGGCGCAAGAUCAACAAGCACUAGUGAAAGAUUGUAUUAUGACCUGGCUGGUACCACGGGCGGGGCAAUUUAUUUGACUGACAAACCCAGCACCCCGGACGAGAUGCUUGAAUUUUUGGAAGAUGAAGUUACUCUUGGUUUCUGCCCGAGCGAAGAGCUUGCCGGCCCACCACCCUUUGGUUACACCACGGAGCAUGACUGCAAUAUCACCGGUUCAUGUUGGGACCGCAGUGUUGGUAAAUGUUACUGUCCAGGUGCACCAAAACCAUGCCCGAAAGAACCCUUGUACCCAGAAUGUAAAGACGAAACAGAGCACAGUUAUAUGCCGGAUGUCACAGAUUGCACAAAAUAUUACCAAUGUUCCUCUGGUAACAUUUGGCGCAGAGAAUGCGCUCCUGGUACUGUAUUUGACCCUGACGUCGGAGUGUGCAACCACGAUUACUUAACAGCUCCACCAUGCGGAACCUUGGGUCUUGAGUAAUAUUUAUAAACAUUAAAAAUGAUGUCUAUCUUUAACUAUACAAAUUAACUGCUUCAAUCACUUUAACCUUUUACCCUUGUUAUGUGUUCUAUUUUGACUUAAUUAAAUGCGCAAUUCAGUAUUGACGAUAUUAUAUUGUGUUUAAGUAAAAGCGUUACAAAAUAAUAAAGGAAAGAUUUUUUCUCAUGAGAGAAAACGAAACAGUAGAAAUCUGGUCUAGUGACAUCGUCGUCUUUUUCGGUCUGAAAGUUUUACCCAAUUCUCUCAAACAUUCUGUAUACAAACUAAAGUGCUGUAUUUGUAUAAUACGUGAAAUCUGAAACGUAUAUUUAAAAAAUACAUCAACCUCAAUUAUAUUAAAGUUAAUAAAGCGAAGAAAUGUG